AUGCGUCCACCACGCUCCCCUGUGCACGCCUCGGCGCUGCUUGCGCUCGCCGUGGCACUUUCACUGGCCGCCGCCGCCGCGGCCCGCCACUCCUACACCAUCGUUCCGGCGCCCGUGGAGCGGGCGGACGACGAGGUGCGGCGCAUGUACGAGGCGUGGAAGUCGGAGCACCGCCACGGCCGGCCGCGCGACGUCGUCAGCUCCGACGACCGGCUGCGGCUGGAGGUGUUCCGCGACAACCUGCGGUACAUCGACGCGCACAACGCGGAGGCGGACGCGGGGCUCCACACCUUCCGCCUCGGCCUCACCCCCUUCGCAGACCUCACCCUCGAGGAGUACCGCGGCCGCGUCCUCGGCUUCCGCGGCCGCCGCGGCGCGAGCGCGGCCAGGGUCGGGAGCGGCAGCACCCGCCCCCGCGGCGGCGACCUCCCCGACGCCAUCGACUGGCGCGAGCUUGGCGCCGUCACCGGGGUCAAGAACCAAGAACAAUGCGGUGGGUGCUGGGCAUUCUCGGCGGUGGCAGCCAUCGAGGGGAUCAACGAGAUCGUGACGGGCAACCUCGUGUCGCUGUCAGAGCAGGAGAUCAUUGACUGCGACACCCAGGACGGCGGCUGCAACGGCGGGGAGAUGCAAAACGCUUUCCAGUUCGUCAUCAACAACGGCGGGAUCGACACCGAGGCCGACUACCCCUUCAUCGGAACUGACGCCGCCUGCGAUGCCAACCGGGUGAAUGAAAGGGUGGUGACCAUUGACAGCUUCGUGAGCGUGGCCACCGAGAACGAGACAGCCCUGCAGGAGGCGGUGGCGAACCAGCCUGUGAGUGUCGCAAUCGACGCAAGCGGGCGUAAAUUCCAGCACUACACCUCGGGAAUCUUCAACGGGCCAUGCGGGACGCAGCUAGAUCACGGCGUCACGGCGGUGGGCUACGGCAGCGAGAACGGCAAGGACUACUGGAUCGUGAAGAACUCGUGGAGCGCCAACUGGGGCGAGGCUGGCUACAUCCGCAUCAGGCGCAACGUCGCCGCGGCCACGGGCAAGUGCGGCAUCGCCAUGGACGCGUCGUACCCGGUGAAGGGCAGCCCCAACCCGACGGCGACGGCUGGGGCAGCCAUGGAUGUGCUGAAGAUGGCUCUUGCUUAG